AUGGAACCUGUUGACCCGCCGGUGUACUUUGAGCUGGGCUGGGCGAUUCUGAGCACCAUUGGUCUCGUCAACUUCUUCUAUGGCCUGAUGGUUCUGGGGAUUAUUGGUUUCGCGCCUGUGUGCUUGGUACCUAUUAUUGUGUCUGGCUGUGGAGCUUUGGCAAGCGGUUUGUGCUAUGUUGCGUUUUAUGGCGACUAUUCGACUACGAGCAGAGUCGUUGCAUCUGCCUUUGCUGAUAUGGCAUGGCUGAUACAAGAGGCUGGUCUGUCUUUCUACAGCUACAUUAUCCUUACACGAGUCCUGCAAGGGUACCGUCGAACCAUCUUCAUGGCGAUUUUCUGGACAAUGAUUGUCAUUGUCGCGGCGAGUAAGCUCUCGAUUCUUGCUUGUCGAGUACGAUAUAUCCUGGGAGACAUGCAAUCAGAGAGUCUACCGCGAAUAAUAGCCCGUCUUCAUACAGGUUACUUUAUUGGCAUUGCCACCGUCGAGUGCGUCAGUGCUUUCUUCUUACUGAAUCAGCUUGGUUCUGCGAGGAAGACGUCCAAGGCGGCUGAGUUGCAGGGCAAGAAUAUUUUCGGGUAUCUCAUGCGCAGCACGGAAUUGCGCUUGACCCUGUUGGCCUUUGUUGGAGUUUUGCGCACAAUUACAUACAACUUUCAAGAUACGGCUCAAAGCGCGGCAUCCCCGAUGAAUCAGUUGGAUCGAUUUGCGGCCACGCUGGAGAUAAUGUUUCCCGUCAUGAUGUACAUUGAUGUUCUUGCGUCGAGGCUGGUCUUUGCAAAGACGUCGGACAGUCGGAGGAAUUACACAAUGUCCAUGGGUUUGGCGAAUUGCCAGCCGUUCAAUGGACCAUAUGGCAUUGACAUCGAGAGAAACAGGUGUAGCAUUGCUCAUAUUGAGCACCAUGAUAAGCAGGGAGCAACAAUCCUAAGUAGUCAGAAGAGGCAGGAUGCCAUGUACGAAUCUUUUACAUGCCCGACUUUGCCCACGGCUACACUUGUACCGCACCCCAGAAAUCGGUCUUCGGGCAGCCUGAUAGAAAUAGUGGAUGCCAAGAUCUCGGAAAGAUAG